GACUUGAUCAGCUCUAGGAGGUCCUGGGUGCAGGCUGCAGGUUGCUUUGAUUUGAACCUGGCACAGGAAACACCUGUAUGGAUUAUUUCACUCUAGCCCCAUGAUGCUUGGACUGGAGUCCCUCCCAGACCCCAUGGACACCUGGGAGAUUAUAGAGACCAUUGGCAAAGGCACGUAUGGCAAGGUCUACAAGGUAGCCAACAAGAGAGAUGGGAGUCUGGCCGCAGUGAAGGUUCUGGACCCCGUCAGUGAUAUGGACGAGGAGAUCGAGGCUGAGUACAACAUCCUGCAGUUCCUCCCCAGUCAUCCCAAUGUCGUAAAGUUCUAUGGAAUGUUUUACAGAGCCGACCGCUGUGUGGGAGGGCAGCUGUGGCUGGUCCUGGAGCUGUGUAACGGGGGCUCUGUCACUGAGCUUGUCAAGGGCCUCCUAAGGUGUGGCCAGCGGCUGGAUGAAGCUGUGAUCUCCUACAUUCUGUACGGAGCCCUCUUGGGCCUUCAGCAUUUGCACCAUCACCGAAUUAUCCACCGGGAUGUGAAGGGGAGUAACAUUCUUCUGACGACAGAAGGAGGAGUUAAGCUCGUUGACUUUGGUGUCUCUGCUCAACUUACAAGCACACGCCUGCGGAGAAACACAUCAGUUGGGACCCCUUUCUGGAUGGCCCCUGAGGUCAUCGCCUGCGAGCAGCAGUAUGACUCGUCCUAUGACGCUCGCUGUGACGUCUGGUCCUUGGGCAUCACAGCCAUUGAGCUGGGCGACGGAGACCCUCCCCUCUUUGAAAUGCAUCCUGUGAAAAUGCUCUUUAAGAUCCCCAGGUAG